AUGCAGAAUAAAACAGCACGAGUGGCUAAUAAUAUUUUCUUGGGCAAAUCGAUUGGUCGAGCGUCUCGCUGGUCUCUCCAUCAGUCUCCGCCAUCCCCAUUAUUUCCAUCAAAGAAGCGGAAAAAGAUGUCAAGCGAUACUCUCACGUGGCUACUGACGAAGAACACGUCGUGUUUUCUUGUGAAACGCAAUGGCAAUGAGUUUGCACGUGAGAAGUUUAAUCUACUGAACCGUAACUGCCGCAAAUACUCAGGCCUAGCGUCUGUCAAGGCUGUGGAUAUAUCAAUGUCUGACAAGAAGGUGACACUUACUACCAAGAUUCAGAAGGCUGUUAAAAAGCCUACCAAGGCUGAGAAUGCUGUGCCUCUUCGCAAGGGUGCUCGCGGUGGUGCUAACACGAUUCGUGCGAAUAUCUCUCGUAACUACUACCGUCGUGACCUAAAGAAGGCUGCUUUGGCCAAGUGGUCGCGUCUGUCUACUGUUGCGAAGGUCGAGAAGGGUGUACUCCAAAAGAAAGCCAUUCGUAGCCGUCGCAUUAAGGCAUAA